AUGGCAUGCUUUUUUGGUCUUCUGGGAUCUCAGAACGAUGUAAAUGUUUUACACAAAUCGCCUUUGUUUGAAGAUUUAAAGUAUGAAAUUAGUCCCCAGGUAAAUUUCAUUAUCAACGGGAGUCGCUACCCUCAUGGUUAUUAUAUCUUGCAGAUGGAAUUUGUCCAAAAAUGGUCAACUUUAGUUCAUUGUUACCGUCAGCCACCUGCCGGUGAAAUGGGUCGUUCAUACUCUUAUUUCAAUAAUAGACAAAUGGAACUGAGAAAGGAUGUGGAACGAGCUUUUGGAAUUCUGAAGCGGAAGUUCGCCAUCAUUUGUGGGCCUUAUCGUGCUCUAAGUGCUCGUGAAAUGCAUAAGACUAUGCCGACUUGCAUAAUUAUGCAUAACAUGGUAAUUCAAGAAACCCGAGAAUUGAAUAACCAUGAAGAUGAAGACUUAAGGCCUGAAACUCAACCAGAAAGAGGAUUACCUGCAAGGAAUUAUGCGUAA